CGGACCACGAGCCAGUCCAAGACGGAGCCGCCGUUGCUGCGGACCAGCAAGCGCACCAUCUACACGGCCGGCCGGCCGCCCUGGUACAACGAGACAGGCACCCCUUUCAAGGAGGCCUUCGUCAUCGGCUUGUGUGGCGGAAGCGCGUCGGGCAAGACCACGGUGGCCAACAAGAUCAUCGAAGCCCUGGAUGUGCCUUGGGUGGUGCUACUCUCCAUGGACAGCUUCUACAAGGUGCUGAACAAGGAGCAGCAGCAGCUGGCUGCCUGUAACGAGUACAACUUUGACCACCCCGAUGCCUUUGACUUUGACCUGCUGAUCAGUGUCUUACGGAAGCUCAAGGAGGGCAAAAGCGUCAAAGUGCCCGUCUACGACUUCACCACGCACAGCCGGAGCAAGGAGUGGAAAACCAUAUAUGGGGCCAAUGUGAUUGUGUUUGAAGGGAUCCUGGCCUUUGCCAAUAAGGAGCUCCUACAGCUCCUGGACAUGAAGGUGUUUGUGGACACUGACUCAGACAUUCGGCUGGUGCGGCGCCUGAAGAGGGACAUCAUGGAGCGCGGACGAGAAGUGGCUGGCGUCAUCAAGCAGUACAGCAAGUUUGUGAAGCCCGCCUUUGAGCAGUACAUUGAGCCCACCAUGCAGGCGGCGGACAUUGUGGUGCCGCGAGGUGGGGAGAACUUUGUGGCUCUGGAUCUGAUUGUCCAGCAUGUGCACAGCCAGCUGGAGAAGAGGAAGCUGCGCUGGCAUAUAGCAGCCUUGGCCUCGGCCCACCAGGGACAGCCCUUGCCAAAGACCCUCAGUGUCCUGGACAGCACACCGCAGGUCCGCGGGAUGCAUACCAUCAUCAGGAACAAGGAGACCACCCGGGACGAGUUCAUCUUCUACUCCAAGCGCCUCAUGCGCCUGCUGAUUGAGCAUGCCCUCUCCUUCCUGCCCCUCAAGCCGGUGACGGUUGAGACGCCGCAGGGGACGGUCUACGAGGGGAAGCGGUUCCAUCGGCAGCGGAUCACAGGCGUCUCCAUCCUGCGGGCGGGCGAGACGAUGGAGCAGGCUCUCACGGCCGUCUGCAAGGACAUUCGCCUGGGCAAGAUUCUCAUCCAGACCAACCACAACACGGGGGAGCCAGAGCUGCACUACCUCCGGCUGCCCAAGGAGAUCAGCGAGGACUACGUCAUCCUGAUGGACAGCACAGUCUCCACGGGGGCAGCAGCCAUGAUGGCCAUCCGAGUGCUGCUGGACCACGAUGUCCAGGAGGACCGGAUCUUCCUGCUCUCCCUGCUGAUGGCCGAGAUGGGGGUCCACUCGGUCGCCUAUGCCUUCCCCCACGUUCGCAUCAUCACUACGGCCGUGGACAAGAGGGUCAGCGAGGAGUUCCACAUCAUUCCAGGCAUUGGGAACUUCGGCGACAGAUACUUUGGCACCGACACUGCCCUGCCCUCCUGGUACGAGGGAGACUGCAUGGACUGCUGAGCUGGCCUCGCUUUUCGACAGGGCUGGGGGAUGUGGAGGGAGCUGGACCCCCUGCGCCGCCAGACCCUGGGGGCGCUGCUGUGACUGCAUGCCUUUCUCCCGGGGAGGGGGGAGUGCUGCUGCCGCCACUGCCCUCCCCACACCUCCAUAUUUAUUGGGGUCCUUUCUUCCUCGCCAGUGCUCUGGCUGCUGGCCCACCUGGGGCCAAACUGGCUGCAGUGAGGUCGCUGCGCUCCUUGGCAGGGACGCUCCCAGCUGGAAGGGACCCCCCUGCUCCAUCCUGCCCUCGGGACCCCCCGCGACUCCCCCUGUGCUGCCGGGGCUCAGGGCCAGCCAGGCUGUGCAGGAAACGUCCCUGGCCACCUCUUUCCCUCAGGCCGUGGCGCCAGCCGCCCCCACUCCCUUUCUCAUGCCUCCGCAGGCAGGUGGACCUGCACUCCAGAGGCCUGGGGGGUCCUCCUCUCCCCCCCCCCCCGUCCUUCGCCUAAGGUCAGCUGGCCAGCCUGCCUGCCUUCCUGGACCUCUUUCUCCAAGUACUGUACGGGACUGCCUUCUUUGCUUUUGUACGUGAUAAUAAAGACCAAGAGUGGCUCCUG